AAAAUAAUGUAAUUUACCGUUAAUCCUUAUAAGGUCGAGUUGGGUUGACCCAGACCCGCUCCAGAUCCAGAAACCACAAACUGCACCAUCUUCAGCAUUAGCAAGCUUCUGCGAAACAGAGCAACACAUCUCAACUCCCACAGACCUCGAUUACACGCCAAAUUUUAACAUACUACACACACUUUGCCAACUACGCGCUCAAUUUCCACCCUAAUCUUCCACAGUCAUACUGUGCAUAAUAUUUUCCAAACCCUCAAAAUCAAUCAGAUCAUACUCACAUUUAUGUAAUUUAAACAAUUCAGAAAAUAAUGGAUGCGGUUUCGAUCAGAGUGCCGUACAGAAACUUGAAGCAGGAAGUCGAGCUAGUACGCGCCGACGACUGGGAGCAUCGCCAGAUCCACAAUUCAUCUUCGCCGUCCGAUACCGGAGAUUCGCCGCAGGAUACUGAUCAGCAUAUUCCGCCGCCGAAUAAUUGCAGUUUAUUGACGCUGAUCCUCAGCUGUACGGUCGCCGCCGGUGUACAGUUUGGUUGGGCACUUCAGCUGUCUCUCCUCACUCCUUAUGUUCAGACGCUUGGUAUAGGGCAUGAAUUUUCUUCUUUUAUAUGGCUUUGUGGUCCAAUAACAGGCCUCAUGGUUCAACCAUGUGUUGGCAUAUGGAGCGAUAAAUGCUCUUCCAAGUAUGGUAGACGGAGGCCAUUUAUUUUUGUUGGAUCACUGAUGAUCUCUGUUGCUGUUGUAAUAAUUGGGUAUUCCGCAGACAUUGGUUACAUGUUAGGGGAUACAAAAGAGCAUUGCAGCACGUUUAAAGGUACUCGCACCAGGGCAGCUUUCAUCUUUGUAAUUGGAUUUUGGAUGCUAGACCUUGCGAACAACACUGUGCAGGGUCCUGCUCGAGCUCUCCUGGCUGAUUUAUCAGGUCCAGAUCAGAGAAAUUCGGCGAAUGCCAUAUUUUGCUCCUGGAUGGCUGUUGGAAACAUUCUAGGAUUCUCUGCUGGUUCUAGCGGAAACUGGCACAGAUGGUUUCCUUUCUUGACAAGCAGAGCUUGUUGUGAACCAUGUGCAAAUCUCAAAGCAGCAUUUUUGGUUGCAGUGGUCUUCCUUACUCUUUGUACGCUUGUGACACUCUACUUUGCAAAAGAAGUACCAUUGACACAUAUACAACACCAUUUAUCAGAUUCUGCUCCUCUCUUGGAUGAUCAUCAGAUAAAUGGAUCCGACCUUUCAAAAUCAAGAGUUGAUUCAGAAUCCAAUCACCAUACGUUAGAAAAUAAGUCUGAGAAGCAUUACACGACGGGUGAUGGUGGAGAACAAAAAGAUCAGAAUAACAAUGAGGAUACUUUCAGUGACAGCCCUGGGGCAGUUUUGGUGAAUCUGCUAACCAGCUUACGUCAUUUGCCUCCAGCGAUGCACUCAGUGCUGAUCGUCAUGGCUUUGACUUGGUUGUCUUGGUUUCCCUUUUUUCUCUUUGACACUGAUUGGAUGGGGAGAGAAGUUUUCCAUGGUGACCCAAAAGGAGAGCUUGAUGACGUUGAAGCUUAUAAUCAAGGUGUCAGAGAAGGUGCAUUUGGUUUGCUAUUGAAUUCUGUUGUUCUGGGCAUCUGCUCCUUCUUUAUCGAUCCAAUGUGUCAGUGGCUUGGAGCUAGAGUAGUCUGGGCUAUUAGCAAUUUUAUUGUGUUUGUGUGCAUGGCUGGCACUGCACUUAUUAGCUUGGUAUCUCUGAGACAAUAUUCUGAUGGAGUUCAGCAUGUCAUAGGUGCCAAUGAAACUACUAAGAUUGCAUCUUUGGUUGUUUUUGCAAUUCUUGGUAUUCCUCUUGCUAUCACUUAUAGUGUACCCUUUUCUGUCACGGCCGAGUUGACUGCUGAUUCAGGAGGUGGACAAGGAUUGGCAAUUGGAGUUCUAAAUCUUGCAAUUGUGAUACCUCAGAUGAUCGUAUCCCUUGGUGCCGGUCCAUGGGAUGCUUUAUUUGGUGGUGGUAACAUACCAGCAUUCGUCUUAGCAUCACUGAGCGCCUUGGCAGCUGGUGUUAUUGCGGUUCACAAGCUUCCAAAUCUUUCGAGUAACUUCAAAUCUACCGGGUUCCAUUUUGGUUGAUCAAUUUUCCCAGGUGAUUCAAAAUAGGACGGGUUGCACACGAUCGAUCUCACCCUGAGGCCAAGAAUGCACAUAUUAUAUCUGUGAGAGAAAUGAGAUUCCACACAUUCAUUCAAUUUUUUUCCCCUAGCAAGGGGAUUAUACAGUAAGUAUUAUAUAUGAUAGGUCUGCUCCCGGAGGUGGUAAAAAGCGUAGGUCAGAUAGAGAUUACAUGUUACUGUAAUUCUUAUAUGUAAAAUCUAUUAACAUAAUCAUUGGGAUACAAUAAUAGUGCAAUUGGAGAUGCAUAGUAUUUGGUAGCACAA